AUGACAGACCAAAAGCCUAGUCCAAGUACGGAGUAUGGCCGAAAUACAAACAAAGCCGAUGUCCUAAUCAUCGGGGCUGGAAUCUCUGGGUUGAUGAUAGCAAUUGAAAUGAUACGCAAAGGUAACGGAAGGAAUUUCAUCAUAGUCGAGCAAGGGAACCAAGUAGGCGGAACCUGGAACUACCAACGCUAUCCCGGAUGCUGCUGCGUACGUUUCCCCAAUGACUUCCCAGACCCCCAAGCAAUAAUCAUAAUAAUAACAAUCUCCACUCCCCAGGACGUCUGGAGCCACCUCUACUCCCUCUCCUUUGAACCCAACCCCAACUGGACACGCGAAUACCCGGGCCAAGAAGAAAUCCUCGCCUACCUAAUCGCCAUCGCGCACAAAUACCACCUCUACGCACACAUCCGCUUCAGCACCUCCAUCACCUCAUCCCGCUGGGACGAGAGCUCCAAAACAUGGUCCUCCAAAGCCGAGCGCCAGGGAAGCAAAGACUCCGAGUUCAGCAAGGAAUACACCAUUACCUCCUCCUUCCUCGUCUCCGCAGUCGGCCAACUAAACGUGCCGAAAUACCCGGAUGGUAUACCAGGAAUAGACAGUUUCAAUGGCAAAGCCAUGCAUUCCGCACGAUGGGAUUGGGAUUUCGAUCUGCGGGACAAGAAAGUAGGAAUCAUAGGCUCGGGCGCCUCAGCCGCGCAAAUCAUCCCCGAGAUCGCGGGCGUGUGCAAAUCCCUUACCGUGUUCCAGCGCACGCCCAACUGGGUGAUUCCCCGGUGCGAUGUGCCGAUUUCCCCUUCCAGGCAAGCGUUGUACAAGUAUGUGCCGUGGGCGCGGAGACGGUAUAGGGCCGCGCUUAUGGAUUUCAGAGAGGGGUUUUUCGAUGUCGUGUUUGAGACGGCGAGUCCGGUGCAUGGCUAUAUGAUGGGUGUCAGUAGGGCGCAUAUGGCAGCGCAGCUUCCGGGGGACGAGCAUGCGGAGUUGAGGGAGAGGUUGCAGCCGCAUUAUGCGGUGGGGUGUAAGAGGGUGAUUAUCACGGAUGAUUAUUUUCCUGCGUUUGCGAGGGAGAAUGUUAACUUAGAGACGGGGCGUAUUGAGGGGAUUACGGAGAAGGGGGUGAGGGUUGAGGGGAAAGAGUAUGAGUUUGACGUAUUGGUGUAUGCGACGGGUUUCAAAUCAACGCAGUUUAUGUACCCGAUUCAGAUAUAUGGGAAGGGUGGGAAGAGCAUCGAGGAUAUUUGGGCUGGGGGUGCUUCGGCGUACUUGGGGAUGACGGUCCCUGAAUUGCCAAAUUUCAGUAUGCUUUAUGGUCCAAACACAAACCUAGGCCACAACAGCAUAAUCCUCAUGAUUGAAGCCCAAGCCAUGUACAUCAACACCCUCAUCACCCAAAUCCAGCUCGCAAAACAACGCGGCAGCUCCCUGUCCAUCCAACCCAAAUCUCAAGUCGUCGAAGACUACAACAAUGAGAUCCAAGCCCGACUCUCCCAAUCUGCCUUUGCGGAUCCGAAUUGCAACUCGUGGUAUAAGAAUGAGGCGGGGCUGAUUACGAAUAAUUGGUCUGAUGCUGUGAUUCCGUAUCAGAAGCGGACGAGUUUUAUUGAUUGGGAAGAUUUUGAUAUUGAGGGGACGGGAAAGGUGGAGGGGGAGAUGAAGGGGAAGACGAGCUGGAAGAGGGUGGUGGAAGAGACUCAGGUUUCAAAUACGGUCAUAUUGGCUGGGAUGAUUACCUCUGCUGUAGGAGCAAUUGCCGCCGGGGUAUUGUUGAGAAGAGGAGGGCUGAAGACUUUGUUAAGUCAUUAG